UAGGAAAUGAAGAGCUCAAGCGAUCAGCUGUUUUACUUGUUUCAUCCAAGAUAGAGAAAAAAAAGUAUAUCUCAUGUCAAAUAAAAAUUAUUAUGAAUUUAUCACGUGUGUUUUGUAUCAAAAUCUGUUCCGGAUAAGUUCAAAACGAAUAGAAAUAACUUUUCAAUUUGUCAUUUUUCUAACCUAACAUUUGCGAAGUUUUAAUAAUUUUCGAAAAAUAAGUGUUCGAUUGUGAACGUAUUCAUGAUGGAUUCAAGUUUCAGCAGGAAGAAUCCUUUCUAAAAAAAUGAAUAAAAUCAGUUCGCUGUUAUAUGUGAAAUAAUAAACAGAGGAACAUUUUUAGACAAGUUUUUGCCGCCAAAUUUACGACAGCAAGUGGAUAAUAAUUCAUAACGCACAGAAUGAAUAAUAGAACGAAAGUACUGAAUAAACAGUGGUCGUCGAAGAUAUAAUUAUAACUUGUGUUUUUUGUUAUACGUUUUCUCAUUUAUAUAGAAGGUUUCUGCAUUUCUUACGUGUGUACAAUUCGACGUAUGUGUAAUAUCGAUGAUGAAUGUAAAAAAGAAGGGAUGACCACGCAGUGUUACGAUGGGAAAAGCCAGUACGUUCUAACACGAGACGCAAUUGGUUGACGUGACAAUACAUAUAUACGUUUGCUCCGGGGAAGAACCUAACAAAUUCUUAUUAUCAAUGCGUAUCUGUGAUUCUGGUUUUAAUCGCCGUGUAUUUCCAGUCGUACGUGAACGGUGAGCGGUGUCACACACCAGUUUUGUCUUUACUUAUACUUAAUCAUCCUCUCCAAAAGAUAGUCUUAGAUAUUUCUAUUUUUUUCUUAAUUCAAUACACGUUGAAGUAAUUCAAUCAAAAUAUGCCGGUGUUGGAUGAUAUGGAAAUAGUGCAAACAGCGUUCAACGAACUUUGCAAUCCAUUCGAAAUGGGAUCUAAUACUGCUCAGAGAGUGCUCAGUGUAAACGGAUAUUUCAACAUUAUGGAGUCUCAAACUAUGAGUAGUGUCUCGUCUCCGAUGUCAAUGUCUCUUUCGCCACAGACCGAUGAAUCGAGUUCCAAUAUGUUUGCCAUGAACGAUGAAAGUUUUAUGAACUUUACCAAUUCCACAGCAAUUGAGUUACCCGCUCCUCGAGUUGUUAUACUGGAUCAGCCGGUAGACAAAUUCAGAUUUCGAUACAAGUCAGAAAUGAUGGGUACUCAUGGGUGUUUAUCCAGUGCUAGUACAAAGUCAAGAAGAAAAAGACAAGCUCCUACUGCAAAGCUGAUCAACUUUGUGGGUCAAAAGGCAAAAAUACGCUGCACACUGGUGACUUCAGAUCCAGACAGACGAAUGCCUCAUGCUCAUCAUUUGGUUAAGCGGGAGGGCAAUUCCGAAAAUGAAGCACCUUACGAGAUUGAAGUUUCAGCCGAAAAUGAUUUUAUAGCUCAAUUCCAUGGCAUGGGAAUAAUUCAUACAGCAAAAAAAAACAUCAAAACGGAACUCGUUAGAAAAAUGAUGGCAGAAGCCCUCGAAAAGCACAGAUGUAAAAAUCGGAAUAUUACUAGUUUGCGUGUUUCCGAAGAAACUCAGAUCAAAAUGGAUGCGGAUGCUGCUCAAAAGUGGAUGAACUUGAAUAGUGUUUCGUUGUGUUUUCAAGCUUUUGUUGAAGAUGAUUACGGAAUUAUGAAACCCAUAACAGAACCCACGUAUUCAAUCGCCAUCAACAACCUUAAAAGUGCCCUGACCGGAGAAUUGAAAAUUUGUCGCAUUGACAAAUUUUCGAGUCCAUGCGAAGGUGGCGAGGAAGUUUUCAUGCUCGUUGAAAAAGUUGGAAAAAAGAACAUAAAAGUUAAAUUUUUCGAGGUCGACGAAAAUGACCAUGAGAUAUGGUCAGGAUACGGACGCUUUUCUGAAUUGGACGUUCAUCAUCAGUACGCCAUCGUUUUCAAGACACCACCAUAUAAUAGGGAAAUUACAGCUCCUAAAGAAGUUUACAUAAAACUAGAACGACCAACCGAUGGUGACUUUUCUGAACCAAUAAAAUUCACGUACAAACCAAGAGACUGUAUUUUCAAUAAAAAACGACCGCGAAUUUCGUACUCCGGAAGUUCUGAAUUGAGUAGUAUUAAACAAAGUACAAACAACAUGAACCUUACGUCGAACGGAUCGUUUGAGAAUGCCUCGCAGGAACUCAUAAAAUGGCUUGGUGCUCAAAACAAGUUGACGUCUGAUGAAUAUGCUAAAUUUCUCAACUCCAUUGAUAUUCCUGAAUAUGCAAAAACUCUGGAUCAGGCCGAAUACGAUUCCAUGUUGACCACAGACGGAGGUUCUUCACAAAACAACGAAGCGAAUUUCGCUGAAAAUUUGGUACUUUCAACCAUGAAGAAAAUCGAGAAAACGCCAACGAAAGUAAAAGAUCUAUUCACUAAAAUGUUUGAAGAACGUUCCACUUAUGGGGACACCGCAUUACACUCCGCUCUUCGGCACGGACAACGCGAAAUUGUCAAACAUAUUCUCGUAAUGUUAGCAAGCGAUCCAGACUUGAGCAGUCUUGUUCACGUCAAGAACAGUUCAGGAAAGACACCGUUACAUUAUGCGGUCUUACUUAACCAACCGGAAGUUGUGAAGGCUUUACUUUUACUCGGAGCAGAUCCGAAUGAGCGCGAUGAUCGUGAUUUUUAUCCGCUUUAUUACGCGGUCAAAAGUCCUGAAGCGGGUGCGUGCGUCGAUGCUCUGUUAUCGAAAACAGUGAAAUUGUCGAUUCGAGAUGACGCUGGCUGGACUUUGCUACAAUUGGCGGUCGAAGCUGGAUCUAUUCACGCAGUCAAAUCUUUGAUAAAAGCUGGUGCCGAUGUGAACGAGACUGAGGUUUCGUACGGGCGCACCGCCCUCCACAUCGCAGUCGAAAAUGGUCAUACGGAAAUCGUCAAGUACCUUUUGGAAAAGACGGACAUAGAUGUCAACAAGACGAACUUGGGAGGUAACACCGCGUUGCAUAGCGCUGUCGUAAACCCGGGAGAUCUGGCAAAAGAAAUGUGCAAACUAUUGGUUGAACACGGAGCAGAUCCGUUCAUGCCGAACAACAGCAAAGAACCCAUGGAAGAGGAUGAUGACAAAGACUUGGCGGUGAGCGUCAAAGAAGAAAUUUAUUGCGAUGAAACAAUGGAAGAGGAUGGUGGUCAGACCUCGAUAGAUCUCGCAUCUAAUAAGCCUGAGAUUCUUCGAUUGUUGACUAAAGGCGGUGAAUCUUCUGCGACCAUCACAAACGCCUCGACAGUAGAAAUAAAAGAGGAAGUUGCGGACGUCGAUGAUACGUUGUCGGAACACUUGGACACAAUACUGCUCGAUAAACUCGCUAUUAUACUUGAUCGAAAUCGGAGUUGGGAGAGACUGGCGAAACAUCUGAAAUGCGAGUAUCUUUUGAGUACUAUCGAUGCCGAACAAUCGAGUCCAUCGAUGAUCAUUCUUAAUUACGCUGAUAUCCAAGGGAAUUUGACGAGAAGCAGUUUGAUCAACAUCUUGACUGAAAUCGGCGAGAAAAAAGCGGCUUCGUUCAUCGAACAAAUGACGAGUCCUUGAUUUUCAACAAAUCAUUAAUUCGACCUAAUGAUGCUAUGGACUCGAUCAAUCCUCACAUGUACAUCAGUUUUAUUCUGAAAUCUUAUUGUUAUAUAUAUGAUUUCACAGCGAUCAUGUAAAAUAUCGUUCUGCUCGGAGCGUGAAGUAUUUCAAGAUUUACAGUCAUCGCGAUGGACAUUACAUGGAAACGAAUAAACAAACCUUUGAUAUUU